UAUAAUGAAAGUUUUGUUUUGUUUAACAGAUAUUAAUGAGUGUCAAGAAUCCAGCCCCUGUCACCACCGUUGUUUCAAUACCAUAGGCAGUUUUCACUGUGGAUGUGAACCUGGGUAUCAGCUCAAAGGCAGGAAGUGUAUGGAUGUGAAUGAGUGCAGACAGAAUGUAUGCAGACCAGAUCAGCAUUGCAAGAACACCCGUGGCGGCUAUAAAUGCGUUGAUCUUUGUCCAAACGGAAUGACCAAGGCAGAAAAUGGAACGUGCAUUGAUUUUUAACUCUAUGUAUGGUUG